GGGGCUCUACUCCAGUCAAGGUCGUUCAACACCUGAAAACGACCCGUCUACUCUUCCCCCGCCCCUGCGCCCCCGGCACGCGGCGGGACUGUCCUCGGAGAAGCCCCCCCCCCCCCGGCUGCCCUGCCGACCGCGAUGGGGGAACCCGGUGGCCCGGUGCGGGAGCCGGCCCCGUUGCUCCAGGGCGCCGUCCGGCUGCUGCUGCUGGCCUGCCUGGCUGGGCUGUUGCUGUGCCUGUGGUGGGCGCGGCGGAGGGGGGCGCGGCGGGCCAAGGGUCCCCCCGGGCCGGCGGGGUGGCCGCUGUUGGGCAACGUGCUGCAGCUGGGCCGCCUGCCGCACCUGACCUUCUGCGAGCUGGCGCGGCGCUACGGGGACGUCUUCGGGCUGCGGCUGGGCGUGCGCGCCGUCGUGGUGCUGAACGGCGAGGCGGCCAUCCGGCGGGCGCUGGUGCAGCGGGGCGGGCUGUUCGCGGGCCGGCCGGACUUCCCCUCCUUCAGGCUGGUGUCCGGCGGGCGCAGCGUGGCCUUCGGGCGCUACACGGAGCGCUGGCGGGCGCAGCGGCGGGUGGCACAGGCUACGCUGCGCGCUUUUUCCACGGCCGCCGGCGCCGGCGCGCCCAGCAAGCGGCUCCUGGAGCAGCACGUGGCGGCCGAGGCGCAGGAGCUGAUCGACGGGCUGGUGGCGCGGAGCCGGGGGGGCGCCUUCGCGGACCCGGCGCCGCUGCUGACCGUGGCCAAUGCCAACGUGAUGUGCGCCCUCUGCUUCGGGCAGCGCUACGGCCACGACGACGCCGAGUUCCGGGCGCUGCUGGGCAGGAACGACCGCUUCGGGCAGACGGUGGCGGCGGGCAGCCUGGUGGACGUGCUGCCCUGGCUGCAGGCCUUCCCCAACCCGGUGCGCCGCGUCUUCCGCGACUUCCAGGCGCUCAACCGCGAGCUGCACGACUUCGUGCGCGCCAAAGUGGCGCAGCACCGGCGCACCUUCCUCCCGGGCGCCUCCCCGCGCCACAUCAGCGACGCCAUCCUGGAGCGCAUGGAGCACGGGCCCGGCGCGCAGCAGCAGGGCCUGGCGGGCGACUACGUGGAGGGCACCCUCACCGACCUCUUCGGCGCCGGCCAGGACACCACCUCCACCGCCCUGGCCUGGGUGCUGCUGCUGCUCCUCAAGCACCCGGCGCUCCGGCGGCAGCUGCAGCAGGACCUGGACCGCGUGGUGGGCCGCGCCCGGCUGCCCACCGCCGACGACCGCGCCGCCCUGCCGCGCCUGGAGGCCUUCCUCUACGAGACGCUCCGCUACAGCAGCUUCGUGCCGCUCACCAUCCCGCACGCCACCACCGCCGACGUGCUCCUGGACGGCUUCCACAUCCCCAAGGACACGGUGGUGUUCGUCAACCAGUGGUCGGUCAACCACGACCGGCUCCGCUGGAAGGACCCGCACGUCUUCGACCCGGCGCGCUUCCUGGACGCCCGCCAGGAGACCCUCGACCGCGACCUCGCCUGCCGCGUGCUGGUCUUCUCGCUGGGCCAGAGGCGCUGCAUCGGGGACCAGCUGGCCAAGCUCCAGCUCUUCCUCUUCACCGCCAUCCUCCUGCAUCAGUGCGAGGUGGAGGCCAACCCCGCCGAGCAGCUCACCAUGGACUGCGAGCACGGCCUGGCCCUCAAGCCCAGGCCCUACACCGUGGCCGUGAGGAGGCGAGGCGGCCCUCCCCAAGCCCCCCGCGGGGAGGAGAGGCCGGCAGGAGUCGCGGGUGGACCCUCUUAGGGGGCUGGGCUGGGCUGCCUUCCCAGAGACACGGGGGAGCCCCCUGGGACAAGAGGAGCCUACGAAAUGGGUGCCUGGAUCCCAUCGCCAGCUUUGGCUUUUGACCGGCUUCUGCUGCUGUGCUGGAUGGGCAUCCUUUAGCAGGUGAUGAUGAUGGCCCUGGAAAGCUUCUGGCUCAGAUGUUGGCAUAUUUUUAGGCUACUGUUGAAGGCACAGAAACAGACCAGGCUUUUUGCAGAUUUUGCAACCAAACACUUCUUCUGUUCUGUUCCUCCAGCACUUGCUCAGAUAUCUCAGCUCCCCCCACCCCCCCUUACCUCCAGAGUUCAGUCAAACUUUCCUAAAGUGGAAGCCUUGUAGAACAGUUGUGACAGAAAUAGCAGGCAUUCUGUGGCUAUUCUGUGGAUGUGUAGGGAAAGGCAAACCUAUUCCCUUCUGGGCAGCUGGGGUAUUCUGAAAUAACUUUUUCACACCUGUGCUGCCCCAGGGCUGAUGGUGUUAAUCCCGUGUGGAAGGGUUUGCCUAUGUAAGAGGAAUGUUGUAACACAGACAGGGAAAGUCAUGAAGGCUGAAAGAAUCCCUUUAACUCAAGAGGGUCACCGUUUGAAUUAAAUGUGAUGUUGGCGAGGCAGAUAAGUCACCCACUUCCUAAAGGAGACACCUGCCAGGUGAGUUCAAAUGUCAGGGUAAACACUUUUCAAUCCGGUCUCCCUCGAGAAAAUGUAUCCUUGGUCCCCAGGCCAGGCUGCACUUCAAGCAUAGACAGUGGAAGGUAAAAGAAAAAAACAGCAUGGUGGGGUGGGGUGGGGUGGGGGAGUUUGGAGAGAAAAAGCCAUCCUUGCUUGGGGACAAUGUGGAGUCCAGAAGCAGCUUGAGGGGAUGCUGACCCUUCUUCCUUUCCACCCCCCAUGCCUGCUAGGAUUUUUCUUUCCUCCUUUUCAGACACAUGUUUGCAGCAACCUUUUGCUUGCACCGCCGCAGGAGGCCAGGGAGUUGUCUUGGGAAAGUGGCAGGGGAGGAAAGGGUACAGUCUCCUGACUCCCACACUUCUUCUCUGCUCCAAAUCACCCACUUCUGAAACUAUUUUCUUACAAAAGAAACAAAAAAGGAGCCUUGUGUCACCUUGAAGACCAACAAAAUUUUAAUCCCAUAUAAGCUUGUGGGACUCUUUCAGACACUCCUUCAGACACUCCUUCUGCACUGAGAAGACCUUUUUUGGAGGAGGAACAGGAAAACAAAUCAACAUAGAGGCUGUGAAAUGUAAGAGUCGCAGAAUGGAAUGUAAUUAUGUAAAAUACAAAUAUUAUUCACAUGCUUGGCUAAACUAGGGCCUGUAAUUAGUAAGUAACCCUGGGGUUUGUUUAGAUGGUCAGUUAUAAUAAAAUGAAAAUCAGCCAUGGUUCAACCUAGGAGGGCGGGGGAAGAGCAGUGUGAAGGUUUUCCUUCAGAGAAGCUGCUCUUGGGGGUUAACUUCAUCUGUUUGAGUGACUUUCUCUGCUAAAGUGCUGGCAUAGCUGUCUGUUAUUAUUCCAGUGGCAAUAGAGUUCUGUAAUCAUCUUUCUUGAAGCACAGAAGUGAGUGAUGUUAGCAACUUUGUCAGUUCCAGUUAAAGCUGAAAU